UUGAUAUUUUGAUAUCAACAACUAUUUGCUCCCCAAUUCGACAACUAAUUUUUAUGGUGAUUUUUUUUCACUUAAAAAUCCGAGCAGGCCAAGCACGUUUAUGGAAAUAAUAACAAAAAUGGCGCUACGCUAAGAUAAACACUCCCAUCCGAACCGCCCGCCAGGCGAAGAAAGUAGCUGUUGCAGCACAUCUGCGAUACCCGAAGUAUUUCUGUUUGGCCUCCAUUGUAUUGUCACCAGAGGUAACCGUGCGUGAAUCACUAUACAACUUCGCCGAUAAGACCCAAAAGGCAAGAGUAGGAGCAGCACCACAAUAGCAGAGUCAUCGAGCGCGGUCAGUCCACGUCCGGUCGGGUUGGAAGUCGCCCAAACACCAAGGGAUCUCCGAGCCCUCCACGAACUAGUAACACAAAUAAACAGCAUGGGAAACGACGACCACCGACGGAGGAAGACGCCUUGCGGUUUUUGCAUGGCCGUCUUCAAGUGGAUACCAGUGCUGUUCAUCAGUGCUGUGAUAGCCUGGUCCUACUACGCCUACGUAGUGGAACUGUGCAUCCGCAAUUCGGAGAACCGGAUAGGAAUGAUAUUUAUGUUAAUUUUCUAUCACAUUUCACUGACAUUGUUCAUGUGGUCCUAUUGGCGGACCAUCAUGACCUCCGUGGGACGCAUACCCGAGCAGUGGCGGAUACCAGACGAGGAAGUUAGUAGGCUUUUAAGGGCCGAUAGCCAAGAGGCGCAGAAGCGGAUACUCAACAAUUUUGCGCGGAAUCUGCCAGUGACAAAUCGCACCAUGAACGGAUCUGUGCGAUUCUGUGAGAAGUGCAAGAUCGUCAAGCCGGAUCGGGCUCAUCAUUGCAGUGUCUGCAGCAGCUGUGUACUGAAGAUGGACCAUCACUGCCCCUGGGUUAACAACUGCGUCAACUUCUACAAUUACAAGUUCUUUGUACUGUUCCUUGGAUAUGCGCUGGUCUACUGCCUCUAUGUUGCCUUUACCACGCUGCACGACUUUGUGCAGUUCUGGAAGGUAGGUGCCUACGAAAAUAAUGGUUACUCGGCACAGGGCCAAUUGAACGGCAGCGGAAUGGGUCGAUUCCACAUCCUGUUCCUGUUCUUUAUUGCCAUUAUGUUUGCUAUCAGUUUGGUGAGUUUGUUUGGAUACCACAUCUACUUGGUGCUCGUUAAUCGCACAACACUGGAGUCCUUCAGAGCGCCCAUCUUUCGAGUUGGAGGACCGGAUAAGAAUGGCUAUAACCUGGGUCGUUAUGCCAACUUCUGUGAGGUCUUCGGCGACGACUGGCAGUAUUGGUUCCUACCCGUCUUCUCCAGUCGCAGUGACGGCUACAGCUUUGCGACCUCCAGCGACCAGAGUCGAGGAUACGCCGCCUCGCCCGUCCAGCGGUACGAUGCCAUGGCGGAGACGACAGGCACUAGCAGGUUAGAUGGCAACCCGACAGAUAAGUUGAUUGACGCUAUUCCCCUCGACAUCCUAACCAACAACCAUCACCAUCACCACACAUCGCCCCAUCAAGUAAGAGACACCAGCGGCAGAGUCGGCGACCCCAACCCACAGCAGCAGAAGGAGGAGGACGUAGCUCAUCCGCCCCGGAACGAUCUGAAGGUGGAGGGCCUGGUCAACGGCAGCUUAGCAACAGCUGCGUCUAGUCAGGCGAGAGAUGGAGUGGCCAAUGGAUCCGUUGUGGUCAUAGACAUGGUGGGGGAUCAACCGCAGUCUGCCCGACCGCCGAAUGGCAAUCUGCCCGUUUGAGUUUCAUGUAGAGACGUAGAAGAGAUGUAUGUGUUUUUGUAAUAUAAACUGCCAGAUUUGUUGCACCAGCAGUUGCCACUAUGUUACCUCUAAUAUGCGUUUCAUCAACUGUAUUAGCUAUUUAAACGACUGGGACCACAUCCAUCCUCGAUGGUGUAAUACAUUAAGCAAUAUGUCAUUUCUAACGAGCAUUUAUUUAUGUUUGGAAUCAAUCGAAUUUCGGAUCAGAGUCGACGACCGUUGCAAUAUGAUGAGGGAUUAGCGAUUUGUACCUAGAAAUAAUAAAAUUCAUUCAACGAAUCACGUAUCACCCAUGUAGAUAUCAGAUAAAUCUCCAAGACUUUAACUAAAUGCUAAGCUAUGAUGAGAUUUCCAAUAACACACACACAUUAUACACUAUAAACAUUUUAAUUUAAGGCGUUUCGAUUUGCUUUUAAUUAAACAUUAAUUAUUGUAGUUAGAUAGUUACUGUUUGCCAGUUGAUUUUUAUACUUUUUUGAUUUUUGUACACUUUUAUCUAAAUAUAUACUCUAUGGAUCGAACUAUUGUAAGAACGAAGUACUUGAUUUGGACGAAAAAUAUACAUAACGAUAACGACAAA